AUGAGGUACUUGUCCAUAGUGUUAUUCAUUAUUUUGCCACUGGUAUGUGAUGCAACUUUGUCGAAAUCCGACAGAAAAGUAAGGAAGCAAAAACCGUCUUCGAACGAAAAGGCGGAAUCAAAGACUGGAAGAAGCGGUGAUCAUCAGGAACUAGUAAAACUAAAAGAAGUCGAAAAAAAGCAUUUGUUGGAGGAGAAGGACGUUAUAUAUCACAACGAAAAGAUAUUUCCGAACCCUACUCUUGCCUAUGUAACUCCGUGGAAUGGCAAGGGCUACGAUGUGGCUAAGUUUGCAGCAAAAAAGUUCACUCAUAUUUCACCAGUGUGGUUUCAAAUAGUUCCGUCUGUUAGUGAGAAGUCAUGUAUAAUUGAAGGGACGAACGAUAUUGAUCAGGGUUGGCUUGCCGACGUACGUUCGAAUAAUUCAAAUAUCUUAUUUGUUCCUCGCUUUAUUUUUGAGAAGUGGACCGAGUCAGAUUACAUCAGUUUCCUGAGUAACGAAGGCUGGCAAAAUAAUUGCGUCAAGCGCGUGAUAAGCCUUAUAAUGAGAAAUAAAAUGGAUGGCGCUGUGUUGGAAAUUUGGAUGCAGAUCACAAGCGUCAUUUCUUUAGAUUUUCGCACGGAGGUUCUAGAGUUUAUAUCUGCCGUAGGAACUCUGUUUCAUAAAAACAACCUUCAGCUCAUUCUGACCAUUCCAGCUGAACUGAAUGCUGGGUCUGAACCAAUAGGUAUGACUGCUCCGUCGGAACUCACUGCACUUGCAAAGAGCGCAGACUAUAUCCACGUCAUGACUUAUGAUUUUAAAGGCGACAGGCUUCGAGGAGUGUCACCAUUGUUUUGGAUCCGCGACAAUAUAGGGUAUUUGCUAGCGGGAGCUCCGUCAGUUGUGUCUAAACUUCUCAUAGGGAUUAAUUUUUAUGGAUAUCAAAUAAAAGAGAGGAAAUUUUCUCCCGUAACUGCAGAGGGGAGAAGACAAGAGAUGACUUACUAUCCAACGUUGAAUUCUCUUUCAAAAAGAUUGGAUUUAGCUAAAGCUUUUGGAGCUGGCAUUGGGAUUUGGGAGAUCGGUCAGGGGUUUGACUAUUUCACAAAAAUACUUUGA